GGAGCUUGUUUGUGGUGGCGAUCAUCAUGGAGAAGCUGCAGGAGCUGAGCUUGAUCUCCAAGGUAUGUUCGGAGCUCGAGAGUCACCUGGGCAUGAGUGAGCGUACGCUGGCAGAGUUCAUCAUCGACCUCGCCCGCAGCUCCAAGGAUGGCAAGGCCUUCUACGCCGAGCUCUCGGCCAACGGCGCCGAGUUCCCCAUGACCUUUGCCUUGCACCUCUACCAGCUCGUCCGCACGAUGACCAAGAAGCCGGCCAAGAAGCCAAUCUUGCCGACGAGCGACGCGCCGUUUCCCGGCCUCGCGCGGCCCAACUCGAAGCCCAUCAACGACGAGGCGCUCGACGUACAAGACAUUGCCGGCCUUGGCGACGCCGACCGCGCGCCGCCGGCCUCGUCUCGCCGCGACAAGAGCCGGUCUCGGUCGCGCGAUCGGUACCGCAAGCGCAGCCGCAGUCGUAGCCGAGACCGUCGGGACCGCCGUCGGUCGCGCGAGCGCGAGCGCCCAGUCGAGCUGCACGAGAUUUACAACGGCCGGGUCUCCAAGCUCAUGGACUUUGGCAUCUUUGUCGAGCUGGAAGGCGUGCGCGGGACGAAGGAAGGUCUUGUCCACGUGCGCAACAUUAGCGACGCGCGCAUUACGCACCCGAAGGAAGUCGUCCGGCGCGGUGACCGCGUCAAGGUCAAGGCCAUCUCGGUCUCGGGCAAGCUCAUGCUCUCAAUGCGCGACGUCGACCAAAAGACAGGUCGCGACCUCAUGCCCAUGCGGGCCACCUCGGGCGUCGACAACCGGACCGACUCCAAGUCGUGGGUCAACCCGACGGCGCCCGGCAUGCAAGAAAUUGACCGCGACGAGUACGAGAACACGAGCCGCGCGCGCGCCGUCCAGCGCAUGUCGUCGCCCGAGCGCUUUGAGGCGCGGCAGCUCAUCAACGCCGGCGUGCUCUCCGUGUCCGAGUACCCGACCUUCGACGACGACCACGGCUUGCUCAACAUGGAGGAGACCGAAGAGGAGUUUGAGGUCGAGCUCAACGAAGACGAGCCGACGUUCUUGCGAGGGCAGACGAAAGCGGCGCUCGAGAUGUCGCCGGUCCGCAUCGUCAAGAACCCGGACGGAUCGCUCUCUCGUGCGGCGAUGCAGCAGUCGUCGCUCGCCAAGGAGCGCCGCGAGCUCCGCCAAACGCAGCAGAACGAGCUCCUCGACUCGAUCCCAAAGGACCUUAACCGCCCGUGGGAAGAUCCGAUGCCCGAAGCCGGCGAGCGCCACUUUGCGACCGAGCUCCGCGGUAUCAACAUGGGUUCGUCCUUUGAGUUGCCCGAGUGGAAGAGCAAGGCGCAAGGCAAGAACCUCAGCUACGGCCACGUCUCGGCCAAGAGCAUGAUCGAGCAGCGCGAGAGUCUCCCCGUCUUCAAGCUUAAGGGCCAGCUCAUGCAAGCGAUCCGCGACAACCAGAUUCUGGUCGUCAUUGGCGAGACCGGCAGCGGCAAGACGACGCAGAUGACGCAGUACAUGGCCGAGAUGGGUCUCACGUCGCGCGGUAUGAUUGGCUGCACGCAGCCGCGCCGUGUCGCGGCGUCCAGCGUCGCCAAGCGCGUCGCAGAAGAGUUUGGCUGCGCGCUCGGCCAAGAGGUCGGCUACGCCGUGCUCAUCAAGUACAUGACGGAAGGUAUGCUCAUGCGCGAGUACCUCGCCGACGCGACGCUCUCGCGCUACUCGGCGCUGAUCCUCGACGAGGCCCACGAGCGCACGAUCAACACGGACGUGCUCUUUGGUUUGCUCAAAGCACUCGUCAAGAAGCGUCCGGAGCUCAAGAUCAUCGUGACGAGUGCGACCUUGGAUGCGGAGAAGUUUUCGCACUACUUCUACGACUGCCCGAUCUUUACGAUUCCCGGCCGAACGUUCCCCGUCGAAAUUCUGUACACGAAGGAGCCGGAAGCCGACUACCUCGACGCGGCGCUCAUCACGGUCAUGCAGAUCCACCUCAGCGAACCGGAAGGCGACAUUCUCGUCUUCCUGACGGGCCAAGAAGAGAUUGACACGGCGUGCGAGGUGCUCUACCAGCGCAUCAAGUCGCUCGGCGCCCUCGCGCCCGAGCUCAUCAUCCUCCCGGUCUACGGUGCGCUGCCGUCCGAGAUGCAGACGCGCAUCUUUGAGCCUGCGCCCAAAGGCUCGCGCAAGUGUGUGGUCGCGACCAACAUUGCCGAGGCGUCGCUGACGAUCGAUGGCGUCUACUACGUCGUGGACCCGGGUUUCCAAAAGGAGAAGGCGUUCAACGCUAAGAUUGGUAUGGACUCGCUCAUCGUCGUGCCGUGCUCGCAAGCGUCGGCGCGGCAGCGGGCCGGUCGAGCCGGGCGCACGGGCCCCGGCAAGUGCUAUCGUCUCUACACGGAAGCGGCGUACAAGAACGAGAUGCUUCCGACCGCGAUUCCCGAGAUUCAGCGCACGAACCUCGGCACGAUCGUGCUGCAGCUCAAGGCCAUGGGCAUCAACGACCUCAUGGGCUUUGCCUUCCUCGACCCGCCGCCCGUCCCCGCGCUCAUUGCCGCCAUGGAGAACCUCUACGCGCUCGGCGCGCUCGACGACGAAGGGCUCUUAACGCGCCUCGGAAAGAAGAUGUCGGAGUUUCCCGUCGAGCCCAAGGACGCCAAGGUGCUCUUGACGAGCGUCGUGCUCGGCUGCUCGGACGAAGUGCUCACGAUCAUCUCGAUGCUCGCGGUCGAGAAUGUCUUUUUUCGCCCGAAGGAAAAGCAAGCGCAAGCCGACUCGAAGAAGGCCAAGUUCAACCAGCCCGAAGGCGACCAGCUCACGCUCCUCGCGGUGUACGAGGCGUGGAAGCACUCGAAGUUUUCAAAUCCGUGGUGUUUUGAGAACUUUAUCCAAGCCCGCGCGAUCCGCCGCGCGUUGGAUGUCCGGAAGCAGCUGCUCUCGACCAUGGACCGCUUCAAGAUGGACGUGGUCUCGGCGGGAAAGAACUACAACAAGAUUCGGCGCGCGAUCGUGUCGGGCUACUUUGCCAACUCGGCCAAGAAGGAUCCGCAGGAAGGGUACCGCACCAUGGUGGAAGGCCAGCCCGUGUACAUCCACCCGUCGUCGUCGCUCUUCAAUAAGAACCCGGAGUGGGUCAUCUACCAAGAACUCGUGCUCACGACGAAGGAGUACAUGCGCAACGUCAUGGCGAUCGACCCCAAGUGGCUCAAGGGCGACCCGACCAAGAUGACCAAGCAGAAGAAGGCGCAGAAGAUCGAGCCGCUCCACGACCGCUUCAACCCCAAGGACUCGUGGCGUCUCAGCCAGCGUCGCGGCUAA